AUGGCAGACACAGUUGUGCCAUCGCAACCUUUACCAGGGCUGAAGGCGCGCAAUGCCUACGUUUCACCGAGUGGAUUGCGCCCAGCCAAGGAGACCACGUUCCGUGAAUGGGUGGUUGCCAACCAGAUCGGAAUCUCCAUGACCAUCCUGGCUAUGUUACUGGCUCUUCAUAACCUCUACCCCUCCCUCCGCCCAUAUACGCAGCCAUUCUUCCAAUUGUCCUAUUAUAACGAAUCCUCGAACUCAUACGUGCAGGGCUGGGACGAUGUCUACUUCGUCAUCAGUACUGCCAUCGCACUCACCGGUAUCCGCGCUAUCGUCAUUGAAUGGGUCCUGCAACCACUGGCGCGCGCUUGCGGUUUAAAGCGCAAGGAGUCAAUUCGCAUCGCUGAGCAGGGUUGGCAAGCUACGUACUAUUCGUUCAUCUGGGGAAUCGGAUUGUACCUGUGGAAGACGUCAUACUAUUGGGGCGAUUUCGCCGCUAUGUGGUCGCAGUGGCCCGCCCGUCCUCUGUCCGGUUUGAUGAAGUGGUAUCUUCUCGUUGAGCUGGCAUUCCUCGUGCAGCAGAUCUUCGUGGUCAACGUGGAAGAGAGACGGAAGGAUUAUUUCCAGAUGCUUUCCCACCACAUUAUUACCAGUGUUCUCCUGGGCUCUGCCUACAUCUACGCCAUGUACAAUGUGUCCAAUGUAGCGCUAUGUCUCAUGGACAUUGUGGACUUCGUGUUACCGACUGCGAAGAUUCUCAAGUACUCCAAGUUCGAAACAGCCUGCAAUGUUGGCUUUGGCCUCUUCGUGGGUAUAUGGUUCAUUACCCGACACAUCAUCUACCCCAUGGUGUGCUGGUCCGUUUAUUAUGAUCUCCCCCACGAACUCACCUAUGGCUGCUACGCCGGUUCCACAGGCGAGUUCAUCUCAGCGGAGGCCCCGAAUGCCUUCGCAUACAUGCUUGGACCAUACUUCAGUUUGGACAACCCCAUUUGUUUCAACCCCACUCUGAAAUGGAUCUUCUUAUCCUUCCUGUUGAUCCUCGAGGGACUGUCCAUUGUGUGGUUCAGCAUGAUUGUCCGUGUUGCCUACGGUGUGGUUUGUGGCCGUAACGCCGAAGACACCCGCAGUGAUGAGGAAGAUGAAGACGAGGCGGAAGUGGAAAACCAGACCCCAUCCCACGUACCAGCACAUCUGGCUGCUAAGGAAGGUACCCCUAUCGACGCACUCGAAACCGCAAACGCCCCGGGCUUGGAUCGUCGGCGGUCCAACGGCACUGCAUCGGUGCGCGCGCGGGGACGUGGCCGUGUUCCUUUCGAUCCGAGUGAUCGAAAAGCUCUCUUGGGCCGCAUUGGAUGCGAAAAGCCUACGUAG